GCCUCUCAGCCCUUUCUCAAACAAGCAACACUCCUCCAGGCAUCGAGCGGUGGAAGAGCGCAACUGAGCAAACGCAGCUGAGCAAAUUCGUUUGAAUUUGAAUAACUUGAGAGCAACUUCUUUGUCAUCUACAGGCUACAACUACGACUUCAGUUUGUCGUUCAUUUUCUUUUCUCGCGUUAAAGCAACCAAGAGAAUAGCAUUCACCAUGUCUCUCCACAGCAACAUCCUGCGCGUUGGAUGCAAAGCCCUUCUGGCUGAUGCGGUGGCCUCGCCGUUUCUGCUGAGGACCAACUCACUCCACAAGACCGCCACCAGCGGGUCAUUGGGCGUCGCCGCGGACCACGGCGUCAACAACUUGGUGCCCCCAGCAAUGGAGGUGGGAGACGUAGAGAAGGGAGCUAGAGUGAAGUCCUUAAAGGAGAUGCCGGGACCCAGCGCCAUCGGUAAUCUGAUUGAGUUCUUCUAUCGGGACGGCUUCUCUAGGAUCCACGAAAUCCAGAUGGAGCACUCACAGAAGUUUGGGAAGAUCUUCAAGUCGCGCUUCGGUCCGCAGCUGGUGGUGUCGAUCGCAGACCGCGACCUGGUGGCUCAGGUGUUGCGUGCGGAGGCGGCAGCCCCUCAGAGAGCCAACAUGGAGUCCUGGAAGGAGUACCGCGACAUGCGGGGACGCUCCACGGGUCUGAUCUCAGCGGAGGGUGAUGAUUGGCUGAAGAUGCGCAGCGUGCUCCGCCAGCUGAUCAUGCGUCCCCGCGAUGUGGCCGCCUUCUCGGACGAUGUCAACAGCGUGGUGGUGGACCUGGUCAAGCGCAUCAAGUACCUGAGGAACGAGCAGCCGGACAAGCACACCGUGCUCAACAUCAACGACAUGUACUUCAAAUACGCCAUGGAGGGCAUGGCGUCCAUCCUGUACGAGACCCGCCUGGGCUGCCUGCAGGACAGCGUUCCCAAGACCAGCCAGGAGUACAUCGCUGCGCUCAACCUCAUGUUCAGCUCCUUCAAGACGACCAUGUAUGCGGGAGCCAUUCCCAAAUGGCUCCGCCCUCUUAUUCCCAAGCCCUGGGAGGAAUUCUGCAGCUCCUGGGACGGCCUCUUCAAAUUCAGCCAGAUGCACGUGGAUAAGAAGCUGGCGCAGAUCAGGAACACAGUGGCACGCGGCGAGCCCAUCAAGGGAGGCCUUCUCACACACAUGCUCGUCACCAUGGAGAUGAACAAGGAGGAGAUCAUCGCCAACAUGACCGAGAUGCUGUUGGCUGGAGUGGACACGACCUCCUUCACGUUGUCGUGGGCGACGUACUUGCUGGCGCGGCACCCUCAGAUCCAGCAGCAGAUCUACGAGGAGGUGACGCAGACCCUGGGAGGCAAGGCGCCCACAGCUAACGACGUCCCCAACCUGCCCCUCAUCCGUGGCCUGGUCAAGGAGACCCUCAGACUUUUCCCUGUUCUUCCUGGAAACGGACGCAUCACACAGGACGAUCUAAUCGUGGGCGGAUACUUCUUACCCAAAGGGACUCAGCUCGCCCUGUGCCACUUUUCCACUUCGAUGAGCGAAGAAAACUUCCCUGGGGCCGAGGAGUUCCGCCCUGACCGUUGGAUCCGGAAAGAUCAGUCCGAUCGAGUGGAUAACUUCGGCUCCAUCCCCUUCGGGUACGGAAUCCGUAGCUGCGUCGGCAGGAGGAUCGCCGAACUGGAGAUGCACCUUGCUCUCACUCAGAUCCUCCAGAACUUCAGCAUCGAGGUUUCACCCGUCACCGACGACAUCAAGGCCAAGACCCAUGGCCUUCUCUGUCCAGGUGGCCCCAUCAACCUGAAGUUUGUGGACAGAGUGUAAACCAUAAUACUGUCCUCUUUUUAUAUAUAUAUUUAUAUAUAUCUCUAUACGACGAAGUGUACUUUGACCAAGUGUGUGAAAAGCCCAACUACUCGAAGUUUCUGAGCCACUGAACAUUGUUUUGUUUUUAUAUCAAUUCAAGUUUGUUCAGACACAUCUGGCCAGUCUAGAUAGAUAGAUACUUUAUUGAUCCCUAAGGGGAAAUUCAGGACAGUCUAUACUGUCACAUUAGGAACGUUUGGGUAACGUUGCUGUGGCCAGUCUAUACUGUCACAUUAGGAACGUUUGGGUAACGUUGCUGUGGCCAGUCUAUACUGUCACAUUAGGAACGUUUGGGUAACGUUGCUGUGGCCAGUCUAUACUGUCACAUUAGGAACGUUUGGGUAACGUUGCUGUGGCCAGUCUAUACUGUCACAUUAGGAACGUUUGGGUACUGUGGCUUUCCUGCACUUACUGUAGCUGCUGUUAAACUGUAAUCACUAGUAAGGAGAGAUACGACAACUCGAGGUCCAUGAUUGCGUAAUGGACAGGAUACAAUGUGUUGUGUAAUCAAGGUCAUAGUGCAAAGUAGCAGUGCGGGGGGGGGGGGGGGGGGGGGGGGGGGGUCAUUUCAGAGAUGCAUCAUGUAGUCUGAUGUCUUGUGCUGUGGCCAUGAACUGUAGAAUUUAAGGCAUUUGCUGGCCUUAAUGCCCUACAGUCACUCUGCUGGUCAAUGUUUCUGUAUGUAAAAAUGUAUUUUAGACCAAAUAGCCACUGAGGCAAACUUAAGUAUUUUAGAAUGUCUUUUCAAUCGACAAUUCUGAUUAACGCUCUCCUGUAAAGUAAAAACAGUAGGUUUUUUUUUAUAACAGAUAUAAAAUAGGUUUUGUGUUGAAAUGCUUUGGUACAAUUGCCUAUCUAUCUAAUUCCACAUGCCUACUACAUUCUUAGAAGAAUGCGCCACCUAGUGGCCAGAAUCUCCUCAUAUUUCACAUUGUAAACAACUACUACUGUUUGUGCAUUUUUUUAUACUUAAUGAAAUCAGAUAAGCAGAUGUGUGAUCGUACAUGAUCCUUUGAUGUUUGAACUAGAGAUAUUUAGUUCUCAAUUGUAUUUGUUCUAUAGUUAUAUUGUGUCAAUGCCCUUAAUACGUUACAUCAAAGAGGGGAGAUGUGGAGUUGGCAAUGUAUUUGUUGAAUAAGAGAUGGUUAUGUUGGAGCUAGCCUGCUGCAAAUUUAGGCAUGUUGUUGGCUAGGUGGUAGCCUUUCUUGAAUGUGCUUCCAAUUAAGGUUACACUAUGGUACACUAUGUUAUGCUAUGGGACUAAACAGUCCGAAAGUGUCAAGGCCUCUUGGUGUAACCAAUUUAAUUUAUUUUUCCUGUAAUACUAUACACCUUUCUGCCUUACCUGUAUAUUAUUUCAUUCUACUGAAGCUUUUACCUGCUUAGAUGGAUGGUGGAAAAUGUGUCUGGUUAAAUUAACUGUAUCCUUUUAAACCUCAUGAAUGAUUGUAUAAUGUACAACUGGACUGUAAAAGUGUUUAUAAUAAUGUAACCACAUGCUUUUUAACAGUGUAUACCUAUGCAAUGCACUUACUGUAUUCUGUGAUGAAAUUGUGCAAUAAACAGGGUGCUCUCUAAUUGCCAAUA